UUUCUCACAUGUUGCAUUGUAUAUAGUGAAAUAUUCAUCAUGGCAUGGGAGAAUCAAACCAUCAACUCAGGCUUCAUCCUGCUAGGAAUCUUCAAUCAUAGUCCCACCCACAUCUUUCUCUUUUCUCUAGUCUUGAGCAUCUUCACAGUGGCCUUCAUGGGAAACACUGCCAUGGUUCUCCUCAUCUACCUGGACACUCAGCUCCACACUCCCAUGUACUUCCUCCUCAGCCAACUGUCCCUCAUGGACCUCAUGCUCAUCUGCACCACUGUACCCAAGAUGGCUUUCAGCUACUUGUCUGGCAAGAAGUACAUCUCUCUGGCCAGUUGUGGAACCCAGAUGUUUUUCUCUGUGUCCCUGCUUGGAGCUGAAUGUUUCCUGUUGGCUGCAAUGGCCUAUGACCGUUAUGUUGCCAUCUGCUACCCAUUGCGAUACUCAGUUCUCAUGAGCCAGAAAAUCUGUGGUCUCAUGGCAGCCUCUUCCUGGAUUCUUGGCUCCCUUGAUGGUAUAAUUGAAGUGGCAGUUGUAUUAUCCUUCUCAUAUUGUGGUGCCCGGGAAAUUCCUCAUUUUUUCUGUGAUGUCCCUGCCCUGCUCACUCUCUCAUGCACUAACACAUUACUGUUUCAAAGGAUGAUAUUUAUCUGCUGUGUUAUUAUGCUUCUCUUCCCUGUAGCAGUCAUCAUUGCUUCUUAUGUUCAUGUUAUUCGUGCUGUCAUUCGCAUGGGAACUGGAGAUGGUCGCCGCAAAGCUUUCACUACCUGUUCCUCCCACCUCAUGGUGGUGGGAAUGUACUAUGGAGCAGCCAUGUUCAUAUACAUGCGACCCACUUCAGAUCGUUCCCCGACCCAGGACAAGAUGGUAUCAGCUUUCUACACCAUUCUUACACCCAUGCUGAAUCCCCUCAUCUACAGCCUUCGCAACAAGGAAGUGGCCAGAGCUUUCACAAAGGUGUUAGGGAAGGGCAAGCCUGGAGAGUAA